AACCUGCGAUACGCUCUUUCUUAUUCACAUUCUGACAAAGUGUUUUGUGCCAUUUUUCUUCAAAGUCUUCAAGAAAGAAGGGAACCCAUGGAGAAGAAUGUUCAAUUUCGUCUCUCUGACACUAAUCUGAUAAUGCAAUUGUUGAAAUUUUUGGCUGGAAAAUGCUUACCAACUGAAGGAUUGAUUGGCUUUGUAGAUAUUUACAGCAAAGAGCCAUGGCAGUUAAUUGGAGACAUUAGUUCCAAGAAAACCCAUUACUUCCUCUCCCAAUUGAAGAAGAAGAAACCCACUGAUGCUCGAUUCAAAAGAACUACUGGUAAUGGGAGUUGGACACAGCAGAAUAAAGGCAAGAAAAUUCUUGAUGAAGAUGGAAGUCUGAUUAUUGGGUAUAAAAGAAGCUUGAGUUACAAGCACAAGAAAGACUCCUCUUUGAAUGGCCGCUGGUUGAUGAUGGAGUAUUUCUUGGCUGACUCUCUUCUUCAGGAGUUGAAAUCUAACGAAGCAAAAGAGUUUGUAAUAUGUGCGAUUAUGAAGAACCCCAGAUCGGAAAUCAGAGGAAACACUGAUGCUACUAUUGUAGAGUAUAAGAGGUUCAUUGAUCGUGUCUUGCAAGAAGGGGUUCAUCUCCAAACCUCAGAACCCUCACAACAGAGUAUUAUGAUUUUGUCUAAGAACAGUCCUAUGAUGUCGGAGAGCACUUCCUCUGAUGUUUUAUCUAUGGGACAAUUAGAACAAAAUAAUGGAAUGCUGGUUCAGACUGAUUCUGAUGAAUUCUUUGGAAUACUGAACGUUCAAAAUCAAGAAUGCUAUUAUCAGGAAGGUGAUGAGGAGGAAUUUGAUUGGGAUUCUUUUUUGGAUUUUGAUGAUCAUGGUUUUGUGCAGAAUGACUUGGUUUACUAAUUCUGGAAAGUUGAACCUUAAUGAUGUUUUUGAAAAGGGAAUUUUUGAUUUUGGAGUUUC